CAGAUUGACACCACUUUCGAGACUUAUGACAAGUUUUUUAACUUGAACAUUGAUUUAAAGAGAAAAUAUACAAAGAAAACUGGAACGACAAAGAAUGGCUGGGAUGAGCUUGAAAGGGAAAGGUAUACCUACUUUAUUAUAUACCUGUACGGAAGAAAAUUCUUUCAACCUUUUACUAUACAAUAAGGAAUCCAAAAGGGACAGACCUCAUACACUGAUAGAGGUAAGACUGAAUUGUGUGGAUUCUCUUUGGAGACUAGACCUAUAGAACUAGCAAAUAACCCGAAAUCAAACAGGUGUCCGUACAUCUGAAGAUGCUCGAUUGCACUUAUUAAAUAUCUAUUUUAGAUAUUACUAAUUAAAAGCACGAUGAGAGAUUAUACUCACGAAACUCGUUUAGACGUUUUUAAGAACUCAUAUAAACGUUUCCGUGCGUUCUAGAUUGAACUGGAAUUUGGAAGUUUUGUUUUUUUGAGGAGAUGGGAAAACUGGUCAAUACCUGGAAAAAACCUUUCAGAGCAAGGGAGAGAACAAACAAAUAACAGAAUAUUGUGGGCACCUUUGUACAUUUGCUUUUUUAAUUAAAGUGCAUUUACUGUAAGGGAGUUUUUCAGUAGAGUGCGCGACGGUAAUAAAUAUGACGUCACCGAAACUUUGUGUCAAAUUGCAGCACCAAUUUAAAAAGACCUGGAGACCUCAAAGAAUCAUUUGACUUCAGCGUCCUGGAAGAUGAAAACUUUGUAAGUAAUUGUUGCAAUUUUAUUUCACAAUGACAUUUACAACAGCACGUUGGAAAUUCUGUGAGAAAUCGUUUAGGAACACUCGACUGGAACGGGUCCUCUGCUUUUUGCUGAAACAUAUCUAUAGUUGUGUGGUUCGAUUUUCUGGCGGAACUUUCCCCUGCAGUUAAUCAGAACGGCGGCGAAUUUCGUUUUGCAACUAAAACAAUCAGGCAUCAUAUGAAAUUGCUAGUAAAGGGGGGUUUGAUUUUCGAAUGAUUACAUAUAGGAUUUUGUACACAGACUCACAAGAUUAGGAAAACUUAACACGACUUCGGUUUUGAAACGCUUACAAAUAUGGUGGCAGAAGCCACCAAUUUUGCCUCAAAUGUCAUUUUAGUCAAAAGUUACCUCUUCAUGAAGUGAAAAAUACCGAAAUGAAAUUUGGCAAGGGUUGUCAAUUAAUUCUAUCUGGCUCUGAUCUGCCGUAAAGAAUAUUUAUCUAACGUUUAAUCAAUUGUCACUUCACAGACCUGGCCGAACGAGGAAGUGCCAAACUUUCAAAGCACUGUCCGAACCAUUUUUAAGUACAUGACAAGCCUUGGUUCAAGAAUGCUGUCUGUCAUAGCCGUUGGCCUUGAUCUGGUACGAUCGAUUUUAUUGUAUAUUUUUGUUCUUUUCUGCACGAUGAAAUGUAAUUCCAUUACUCUAAGUAAGAAGGAAAAUAAUCUUAUAGAUAGUGUUUAAGCCACGUGACUCUCUUAAGCCCCGUGCAAACGCACGUAACAUUGUUGGCCGAAUACUCCCACCAAUGUUGGAUGUUACACGUUGCGUCCGUUUACACACCCUAUUUGUUGCGUGUUGUUUGAAGUUGUUGCAAAGUUUGAAACCCGUCAAACGUUUAGCUACCGUUUCCAUGUGGUUUUAUGGUGUGUAAUGAGAUGUAAAUUUUACUAUGUUGAGAGUGCUGUGAAGUGAUAAACUCUGCAAAUAUCUUUAUGAUAAAAGUCAGAAUUUAAUUCAAGGGGGAGUACUUCAGAUUUGAAGUGACAGGGAUGAUCGAAGGAUUUUUUUGGGUUUGAAAUCUUCUAUUCCAGGAUUUUUUGUGGUAGGAAGAUUUGGCAAGUAUUCUUUUGGAUGGCUAGAUUUACGUAGGGGUUUUUUUGGCUAUUGAGAAUAAUCUGAAGAUUCGUGAUAGUGCCCGCAAAGUUCUGUGAUUAAAGCACAAAACUUGUUUUCCUCUCUGGAGAUUUUUAAGGCUCAGAAAUUUGGCAUGGCACUUUUUGUGGUUUUGUUGGAAGCCCUAGGAAUUUUGGGGGGUUUUGAUUUUUGGUCCCAUUCGCUCAUUAGACUGGUUUUCAUCCGAGAGUGGAAAGUAAUUUCACAGUUGCGUGGUUUUGUAGCUAUAAAAUGAUUGUAUGAGGCGGGAACUCACGCCUUUUUAUCAGCCAACCAUAAUUACAACCAAAAUUUCCUGGGACUCGACGUUAGGAAAAAAGUACAAUUUCCUCGCGCUUAUAAUAAUGGCCUGCUACACAAAUUUCCUUCGAAUUGUUUAUGGUUCAUUCUUAAAAGUUUGCUUGUUUUGUGAUUGGCGGUUACUUCAGACAGCUGUUUGUUUUUCCUCAAUGUAAUGUUAUUUUUCUUCGUAUACACAGUUUAAAAGGUACAAAACAUUCUUUUCUUUUAAUUUUGCUCUACCCAGGAUCCAAACACGUUUGCCUUUGCUUGGCAAAAGACGGGCACCUCCGAAGGUGGUUCUCAGUUAAGAUACAACUAUUAUCCAAUGAUAUCAGACCUUAGUAAAAUCAAGCCGGGUCAGAUUCGCUGUGGAGAACACACGGAUUAUGGUGGGAUUACAUUGCUGAUUCAAGAUGAUGUUGGUGGACUGGAGGUAAGAAAUCAAUUGACAAACCUAUUUCUGUAACUAUCUUUACAUUUAUUUAACACUUCUUGUGUCCGGAUCAUUUUAACGUUACUUCAAUAUUGCUGCCUCUUUUUUUAGGCCAAUAUAGACUAAUAACAUAUCAUGUAACGGUCGUUUGAUUCAGGUGACCAAUGUUGAUGGACAGUUUGUACCCGCCAAGCCUAUGAAAGGAGCAGUGUUGGUCAAUAUUGAUGACCUUAUGCAAAGAUGGACAUCAGAUCGAUACAAGUCUGUGGUGAGUUUAAACAAUAAAACUAACCUUAAUCCCUCCAUCAAAAAAUAUGCCACAAGCCAUGACUGGUUAAUAUACACGUUAUAAAAGUAAAUUUGAGUACCUAAUUUAUCCUACUAUGCAGCUUUAACAAUCUGAAUAUCCCCAGAAGCUCUGAUAUCCCUUUAUGCUAGUAGUAGUUUGUUCGGUCAUUUAUUAAAAUAACCGGAACCGAUUUGAGUUUUAGAAAACGUCGGAGACAAUUCUUCAGAUCUUUAGAAAGAUCUGAAGACACUCACUGAAAGUUAACUUCUAAGCUUCUGUUUCUUUUAUUUUGUGAAUUAUUAGUGCGUUUUAACGAUUUUUUUUCUUCCAUAAAACAGGUUCAUCGAGUGCUGAUUCCUGAGGAGGAAAUCAAGCGCAGAGUUCCUCGCCGAUCGUUGGUUUUGUUUCAUGACCCAGAUGAUGACACGAUGGUCACGUGUCUGGAUGGAUCUAACAAAUAUCCCCCAACCAGAGCGAGGGAUUGGAUCUAUCAUCAACUGCAUUCAACUUACAAAUAUUGA